GUUCCCUUUUCCACUCAAGCACAAACCCGGAAGAAGGAAAUAAUGUCCGUCGUCGUCCACUAGCUCAAGUCAGUUUGAGGUCGAGUGGAAGUUAACCAUGGCGAUGACAAGUCAGACGUCCUGCUCCUCGAUGAGCAACCACACUAAGGAAAGGGUCACCAUGGCCAAAGUGACGCUGGAGAAUUUUUAUAGCAACCUGAUAUCACAGCAUGAGGAAAGGGAAAUGAGGCAGCAAAAAUUGGAGAAGGUCAUGGAUCAAGAGGGACUAGGUGAUGAAGAGAAGGGUCUCCGGCGGUCUGAGCAUGCUAGGAAAGAGACUGAGUUUCUUCGUCUCAAGCGAACACGGCUUGGAUUAGAGGACUUUGAGUCACUCAAAGUGAUUGGCCGAGGAGCUUUCGGAGAGGUGCGGUUAGUUCAGAAGAAGGACACAGGACACGUUUAUGCCAUGAAAAUCUUGCGUAAGGCUGAUAUGCUUGAGAAAGAACAGGUUGGCCAUAUUCGAGCAGAAAGGGACAUCCUUGUAGAGGCAGAUAGUCUGUGGGUGGUGAAGAUGUUCUACAGCUUUCAGGAUAAGAUGAACCUCUACCUCAUCAUGGAGUUUCUGCCUGGAGGUGAUAUGAUGACUCUACUGAUGAAGAAAGACACUUUAACGGAGGAGGCCACACAGUUUUAUAUUGCUGAGACUGUGCUGGCUAUUGACUCCAUUCACCAGAUGAGCUUCAUCCACAGAGACAUCAAACCAGACAAUCUCCUGCUGGACUCCAGGGGCCACGUGAAGUUGUCUGAUUUUGGCCUAUGCACUGGUCUGAAGAAAGCUCACCGCACAGAGUUCUACAGAAACCUUAAUCACAGCCUUCCCAGCGACUUCACGUUCCAGAACAUGAACUCGAAGAGGAAAGCAGAAACAUGGAAACGAAACAGGAGACAGUUGUUUGCGCCUCAAUUUUUUUCCGCUAGGGAGAGACCAGCGGCUAUUCCGAUUGAGAUCAAAAGCAUUGACGACACCUCCAACUUUGACGAGUUUCCUGAUUCAGACAUCCUCCAGCCUUCAGUCGCUCCUGUGUCCAACCACACUGAGGCAGAUCUGAAGAGUAAAGACUGGGUGUUCAUCAACUACACCUACAAGCGCUUUGAGGGGCUGACCGCACGAGGAGGCAUCCCAUCGUACAUGAAAACUGGGAAGAGAUAGGCUUCGAUAGGACUUGAUAACUUGCUGCACUCUUUCAAUGGUUGUUUUUCCAUAAGGAGAUAUUCUCCAUUGCUCCUCCUCGCUUCUGAAGGAUCCUACAUCAUCCGUUUCCUGUUUUGACUCACCCAUUUAUGGAUGUGGACUUCACCCACACUCAAUUCAUAGAAAGACACGUUCAAAGCUUUAUCUAAGGGCUUCUUUUCCUUUAACAUUUUUAAAAAUUGUGUUGCGCUCACCAUCCAAGAUCUCAGCGACACUGGAAAACAUGGGGCUUCGUAAGUCUGUCUGAUCUGAAUGUGAUUCACACAAACCCCGAGAGCUGCAGAUGUUGCCUUACAUUCGGAUCCUUCUUAUACACCAGCAGAAACAUCAUGAAUGCAUUUGCCAAUCAAACCAAAUUGUUCAUCACCAUACCAGGAAACUUUACCAGCUGAUGUCAAAGACCAAGCAAACUCUAGCAAACGGACCAGCGUUUGUUUUUUAUUUAAUGGGUUGUUUUAGCCACUGACUGAUUCAGAAGUUGCUUGGUGCUAAUGCUGUUGUUUUUCUUAAUAAAGGGGCAUGUUGCUGAUGUUUGGGGAACAAAGCCACAUUUUUUGCAUCUUGAGGAGAAUAACAACACUAUUCAGGGAUUUGAAUUUGAUUGAGUCUUCCAUUUUAAUAUGGGGAUGAAAUGUUCAAUGCAAAAUUUUUAUAUUACCAAAGAGGCGCCACUUUUGAUCGGCUUUAUGGGCUUGACUCUCGAUGUUGUUUGAUCGUGGAUGCUUUGGCUUUCAUACAGCAUUAAUUCUUAAGCUGUUAACGUAUAAACUUGUAGCAAAAUAUUCAUUCCAUAAUGGUUCCAAUCAGUCUGCGUUAUUGGAAGCUGCUUGUAUCAGCAUGUUGCUUGUGAGGGCUGACUUUGUAAAAAUCAAACAAAGGUGCAAGUAUGAUUUUCAGAAGUGUGUGGGAUUCCAGACAGUGAAUGACUGAGUCAUAUUUCUACAAUCGGGACCCAUAUGUCUUCUUUCUGUGACCAAAUUGAAUGUAUCUUGAAGAUUCAAAGAGGCUUCUAGAAGUUGCAUUCAUUUAGGAUUGGCUGCCCUGGAAUGAUCUGAGAUUCACCUAAAUGCUUAAGUGAAUGAUUUGGCGACUACACGGCAUGACAAAGGUUUUGUAUAUGGAAUUGCUUGUUAGAUCUCUAGCUGAGCAGCUGUUGAACACAAUAUACUGCUAGAGAAAUGUUGUCACAGAUAACAGAUUACUGUAUCCCAGAAUGCUACAAAUAGAAGUAGCAUGAAAUCGUGAUUGAAUGGUGUUUUUAUCCUUCGAGCAAUAUGUGACCGUCUUAGGUCUGGAUGUGUAUUAUUAUUAUUAUUUUUUAAUAUAUAAUAGUGGCUGGAGAUUUUCAUGCUGUCUGAGAGUCGGCCUGUUGCAUGUUUUUGUGUGCUGGACAAGUCAAAAGAGCUAUGAAUGAGUUUGAGAAUUAGUAUUUUGAUUUUCUUUGUGCUGCUUUGUUUAUUUGUUUCACUUGUUCUACUAUCAUUGAAUGGGAAUAUGUGAGGGUGAUUUCAUGGUUAUCGCUUAUGAAAGAUGGCUUGAUGAAAUUAUACACUGUCUACAAGUAGCAGAUCACAGGCUGGGCUGCUUUGUAUCUCUUGUUGCUGUAUCGCACAUGCUGAAAAUGAUCAUGAAACCAGCGUGUCAUAAUGAUAGUGUCUUUUUUUUAAAUCUCACCUAUUUUUAUGUGGGUUUCUUGCUUGCAUCCUUGUCCUAAUGUGAGGAUACUCUCUUUGAAUGAGAAAAGGACUCUUUUUUUUUCUCUCUCUUCUCAAAGAUUAACAAUGCACCUUUUGCUAGUUGUGAUGUCAUGUGUAUAUUUAAAAUACACACACACACACGUCAAGUUGUUAAAUACACACUGAAAGACUGUUUGCCCGUAAGAGUUUGUAAUUCUUUCUGCAACUUUUUUCACCUAACCAGAUAUAGACUAGUCUUAAGAUUUUUGGGGUCUAUAUUUACUUGCUUAGAGCUAAAGAAAUAAUUACACCAAUGUGUAUAAAGGAGUUUAUUCACACUGGCACUAGUGCUCACAAACUAUCGGUGCAGGAGAUCUCAGAUUUGUUGCUGUUAAUCCAGUGCUGAUGGAGGAACAGCACUCCUGCUUCUGAAUGGUUUUGAACAUGGUUCCAGUUUUCACUGAUGUCACAUUCUGCUGUGGGGGGUGGACGUUUGUCCUCUCUCUGCCUUAAGUUUGAGUUGUAGAGUGUUUGUGGAUUUUUCCUGCGCUCACAGAGCACCUUUCACUGGUUUAUUUGUUUGAUGGAGAGUUUGUUUUUGAGGUGUGGGCACACUUUGACCUGUUAAACAUCCUGAAUAAAAUACCAGUUCAUUUAAAUGAGUAUGAGGCUCUUCUGUUCCUCUUACAUAGGAACAUUUUGUACCUUAAAACAUAUAUUAUACAUUUUGAAUAAAAAAAAGUCC